CCUCCGAUCCGGCCUGCCCCCCCCCCCCAGGGCCACCCCGGCCACGCGCUAGAGCCGUGGCGGCCCUGCGGCUGCCCGGGAGAUGUUACACCGCUGUUGCCGGCCAUUAUGAUCCCAGAAGAGGAGACCCCCCCGGGAGAAGAGGCCGAUGGGGAUGCGGGCGGCGGUUUCCCGCUCCUGCUGCAGCCCUCCGAGAGCGGCAGCUUGCGGAAGCAGGGCUGCGACCCCUGGGCACAGACGCAGCGCAGCCGGCUGCAGCACCGCCGAGCGCGGAUUAACCAGCAGAUCAACAAGGAGAUGAGGAUGCGAGCCGGAGCAGAAAACCUCUUCAGGGCCACCAGUAACCACAAAGUGAAGGAGACCGUUGUCUUGGAACUCAGCUACGUCAACUCCAACCUGCAGCUGCUGAAGGAGGAACUGGAGGAGCUGAACAGCUGCAUGGAUGUGUACCAGAACGACAGCGACUCCAUCAGCGUCCCCAUGAUCCCACUGGGGCUCAAGGAGACCAAGGAGCUGGACUGGGCAGCGCCGUUGAAGGAGAUGAUCUGGCACCACUAUGGCGAAGACAGUGCCUUGUUUGAGACGGAGAUCAGCAACCUGGUGGAGCUGCGGCAGGCCAUGCGGACUCCCAGUCGGAAUGAAGCCGGCCUGGAGCUGCUCAUGGAGUAUUACGCCCAGCUGUACUUCAUAGACAACCGUUUCUUCCCUCCCACUCGGACCCUCGGCCUCUUCUUUCACUGGUACGACUCCCUCACAGGGGUCCCCUCGCACCAGCAGGCCCUGGCCUUUGAGAAGGCGAGCGUGCUGUUCAACAUCGGGGCCCUGCACACCCAGAUCGGGGCGCGCCAGGACCGGACCACCUUGCAGGGGCUGGACUGUGCCAUCGAAGCUUUCCAGAGGGCGGCUGGAGCCUUCAACUACCUGAAGGAGAACUUCUCCAACGCCCCCAGCCUGGACAUGAGCACCGCCUCCCUCAACAUGCUGGUGCGGCUGAUGAUCGCGCAGGUCCAGGAGUGCGUCUUCGAGAAGGUCCUCCUGCUCCGCGCCCAGAGCAGCUUCCUCAGCUGCCUGCAGCUCGCGCAGGAGGCAGCCAGGGUGGAAGAGGUCUAUUCCUUGGUGUACCAGACCAUGACGCAGCCCCACGUGAAGGACUACGUCCCCUUCUCGUGGACCACGAUGGUGCACGUCAAGGCCGAGCACUUCACGGCGCUCUCGCACUACUUCGCCGCCAUCGCGCUUUGCGACCACCCCGCAGCCCCCGGCGCAGACCCCCCCGAGCACGAGAAGGCCUUUCUCCAGUUGCACAUCAGCGCGCCGGAGGGGCCGGCCCUUCGCCUGCUCCUGCAGGACCCGGAGGAGCGGAGACGGCUGGGCAAAGCGCACCUGAAAAAGGCCAUCAUGCGGCACGAGGAGGCCAUGAGGAUCCACGGCCUGUGCAAAAUCCUGCGCAAGAUGGACAUCCUGCAGGAGGUCCUCUGCCUCGCCCACAAGCGCUCGCUCCGCAAGUACUCGGAGAUCGACCACGAGGAAGACUUCUUCGAGGCGGUGGAGGCGCCCGAUAUCCACCCUAAAACCCAACAGAGACCAGAAAUCAAAUCUCCCAACUUCUCCAAGGUGAAGGUCAUGGACAUCUUUCACCGGCUGGGCCCGCUCUCGGUCUUCUCUGCCAAGAACAAGUGGCACCCCCCGCGGACGGUCCAGCUGGUCCGAGGAGAGAGCGGCUUCGGGUUUACCCUCCGAGGGGAUUCGCCCGUCCUCAUUGCGGGAGUCGUCGCCGGAGGCUGCGCCGCGGAGGCCGGCCUGAAGGAGGGCGACUACAUCGUCUCCGUCGGAGGCAAGGACUGCCGGUGGUCCAAACACGCCCAGGUGGUGCAGCUGCUGAAGGUGUCCGGGGACGAGGGAGCCGAGGUCGGCGUCGUCACCCUGCAGUUCUCCGAAGGGUCGAGCACGGGCGACAAGAAGGCCACGGCCACGGCUGUGGGCCCCGGUGGGCUGCUGAAGAGCGGCCGGGAGAACGGCCGCAAGACGCUGCUGCGCAGCAAGGGGGCCGCUGCCACGCUCCUGGCCUGGGGCAGGAAGAGCCAGCGCAGCAAGCGGCCCCCCCGCCCGGCCUUCGCCCCCUGAGCGGAGGCAGCCGCGGCUCCGGGCACCACGCCGGGCUGGCCCAGCAGCCACGAGGACGGGCAGGCCAACCUGGCAGCCCGCGUGAGCCUCUGCGGUCAGGGCAGUCUACCUCUGGGUGCCAGAUGCUGGAGACGAGAAGCCGUGCGGGGGGCUUGUGGCUUUCCUGGGGGCAUCUGAGCAGCGGCUGCUGGGUGCUGGGGCUGAGCUGAGCUGGGCCGUCGCUCGCACCCAGCAAUCCCCCCUGGCAUUUCUAAAACCACAAGGAGCCGGCUAAGCAGCCCAGCGGGUGCGGGGAGUCCCGGGCGUCCGCUCGAGCGUGCUUCAAGCGCCCCCGAGCAGGGGCUGCCUUGGGGGACGGGAGCGCUGGCGCCUGCCUUUGCUGCGGCAUCGCGGCUUCUCUGGAGCCCCCCGUUUUGAGCCCCCGGCUCGAGAAGGCCGUGUGGAUUUUGGCACAUGGCUGGAGGGGCAAUAAGCAGAUCCAGGGCGUGGAUCUCUGCGGAAGCUGCUGACGGGUGCAAGCGCCGUUCCAGGCUCUCCGCAGAAGAGGGCUGCCGUGGGUCAGCAGGGAGCCGCUGCCGGGUAGCGCUAGCAGCCUGGCGCUUGGUGGGUUUACUCGGAAGCAAACUCUGGGGAGCGCAGUGGGCUGACUCCCUCGUUGGGGGGCGUGCUGCCACACAGCUAAGUGGCUGAGCUGAGGAUCCAGACCAGAGCCAGGACCCCCACCCAAGGCUGCCUUAAGCUUUGCCCUUGCCCCCCCCUCCGCAAUUUGGGGCGAGAAAUGCCGCACGGCCCUUUCAGGGUUUGCGUAGGGGCUGAGCCAAGAGGAAAGAGGACGCGCAUCGGAGUGUCCCGGACACCCGCAAGGCAGCAAUCCAGCGCCAGGUGUGACCUCACGACCGGCUGUCGCCCUGCCUGCACAGCUCCAAAUCCAGCUGUGGCGCUGGGUGGGGGGAGCAGGCGGGGGGGUGUUUCAGCCCUUACCUAUUUUCCAGGAAAGUUUGGAAAGGUGUGAGUAGUGGCUCUUGGGUGGGGGUGGGCAGGGACCGCCAUUCCUGGAGUCGCCUCUCCGCCUGAGCCGUGCUGUGCCCCGCUCUUUUCUCCCCGGAUACGCAGCGCUUUCCCCGAGACAGCUGCCGAUGCGCUGGCCAGGCAGCCUUGUCCAUCACCGCGCGAGCGGAGCCUGCGGGUCCUUCGUCUGUGUGGCACUGCUGCAGCGCUCGGGGCAGGACGGGACGGGACGGGAAGAGCCCCGGCCUGUGCCAGGGCUGCCCUGUCCCCUUUUCGAGGGCGCUCAGGCCUUCCCGGCUGAGGGCACCGAGCGCCCAGGCGGCCGGCAGAGGCCGCGCCUGCUCCCAGGACCACGCGAGGGAGCAGCCUCCGCGGAGCAAGAGCAGCCCUGCUCCAGGCCGCUCGGCGUCUCCUUGUGGCUGUGUCCAGGCACAAAGCUUUGAGGAAGCCCCCUGCAUCCUGCUUUUCUUCUGUGGCACACAGGGCUCCAGACCACCACGGGCAGACUCGGGAGCAGGGCCACAGAGCUGCCCGGGGCAUCCGCAGAGCGCUUGCUGGCCGCUUGCCAAAUCUGGCCAGGCCCCCAGAAGCCCUGGGAUGCAAGACGGGCCCCGGCAGCCAGCCCGGUCCAGUGAUUUGCCACAAGGCAGCGCCAUCCAGAUGCGCCUGCAGGCAGCCAGAGUCUCAGGCCAGCCGCAACACGUCCCUAGCCAGGCCAGCGGUGGCAGGCUGCUCGAGUCAGCCAGCCAAGCUGUACGCCUCAGCAGAAGGCUGUUUGGAUGCUCACAAGGCAAUUCCAACAUCUCAUUAGGCUGCCCCAGGGCUUGCUCCCAGAUUAGUGUGUGGGGGGUUCCAUCGUCCACCAGACAGGCUCUGAAUGGACACUGGCCAUCACCCAAGUGCUGACGGCAGACCAGAGCCUGGGUCGGUGCAGGACUCGCACUGUCCUGCUGGUCACAUCACUGGCCUUUUGCGAGAGCAGGUGUAAUCCAGUCUGCGGCUGCAUGUCCUUUCAGCCCCUGUAGCCAUGGAAUCUUGUUCAUUUGUUUGUUUGUUUUAAAAAGAGCCUUAGCUGUUAAAAUGUGAAAGUUAAUUUACAGCGUAAACUUGGAUGUUAUAUGCCGCCAUCUGUGACUUUCAGUGACCUGAACGAGCGCUCACCCAAAGGCCGUCCGCAGCAGCCCUGCUCCGCUCGUCAACAUAGUUUAAUGCAACUUAAUUAAAAAAAACAUUUGUUUUCAGCUGAGCAAGUGCCACAUGGGCAGUACUCGCCCCCCUGUGUUUGUGCAGCGUGGGAGAGUGUCAAACCGUUGUGUGUUUUUUCCGCGCCUCUUCAGAAAGAGUUGUCUGAGAGCGUUUCCCCGCAUGGCUCUGCUGCUUGCCAGCUUCGCCCCUGUGGCCUGGCCCAGUGUGGGACAGGCUGUCCUCAGCCCCCUCCAGAGGCGGCUCCAGGAGCUCACCGGGAAGAUGGCGGCCCUUCGACUCCAGUGGCCCACUCCGCAGCUGCUCCCAGUGGAUUUCGGGGCAGCAGACAAUUCCCAGCUCAACCUCAGGUUCUCCUGGUGAAGCUGGAAAAAUUUCUGCCCGAAACCCUCGAAAGCUGGUGUUGCCCUCUGGACUGAGAACACGGGGCUGGCUGGAGCCGAGGCUGCUCCUGCUGGUCCCCAGAGUGGGGCUUUCACCGUUUUCCGUUUAAUGUCCUCGUUUUGUCAUUGCUGGGGCUGCUGACCCCGCACCACGGAUUUAAUUGAGGGGGCCUGCAUGGGGCUGUGUGAUGAUUUGCACACAGCCUCGCUUGGCUUCUGGCAACCCACGUGCUUUAUGUGGGUUCCCCAGAUGGAAAGUGUUUCUUCCCCCAGGUUGAAAUGAGGAAGGGAUUCUUCAAAGGACCUUCUUGGAAACCCGAGAUGUGCAAAAGAGUGUUUUUCUUCUCUUUUUAAUCUAUUUAAUGUGGACUGUUGAUUUGGACCUGCACUCAACUGUAGAAGCUGCUUUUAAUGCCUGAUAGAGCAAUAAAGAGUGUCUCUGA